CAGUCCACAGCAUUUCCUCCCCGACGCUCGCCUUUCAUGUCACUUUUUCUACUUGUAUGUGCAGACGCAGCCAAUCUCUUCUCUCAUGACGCCACCGAGGCUGGGCUCAGAGGGCUUGGAUCACAAUAUUAACACACCCACCCUGGAUGAACACUUGGAAGGGAAACAAGGCAGUGUUAAGGGGACAAAUUGCAACCAGGAUCCCUGCACCUGCCAGCCAGUCUCAGAUUUGACUUCGGCGGGGGCUCGCAGCAGCUCCGGCGGAGAAGCCGGACCGCAGCCAAGCAUCUCAGCGAAUCGCCUGUUAUGUUUAUAGGAUUUCCACUUUCUUUUUGUUUCAAAAUUAUCAACCAAUCGUUAAUACUAUGACGACCGUGUUUUUGCGGACUAUAUCAACCUCUCCUGUUUACUUUUUUUCACCCAGAAGACAGUUGUGACUCAUUUUGACAUCUCACUCCGAGCUCCGAGCAACACGAGGAAGCAGAUUUGAGGAAGAAUAUCGGUGUUUUUUAACAGGACGCUCCUUCCCCUCGCUACCUUUUCUUAACGAUUCAUUUAGUGGCCCGUCCUCCCGAAACUGUAUCCUGUUCAACAAGGUAAUGAAUGAAGAACACUUCUUGAUCCGCUGCCAGUGAAGUGUCCGGUGAUCGCGAUGUGUCGGUCUGCCCACCUGUCUGGGAAUGAGGAAUUAGGACUCUUGUAAAAAAAAAAAAAAAAGAAAAUACAUGAAAAAAAUGAACAUAGACUGAUCACACGAUGGAGUUGUUAACAUAGAUUGACAGGCAUUAUGUGUGCAGUGAUCACAGUAAAUCUUCAAACCAACGUCGCUGCUUUGUCAUCGCAUACUGUUGGACAUCAGUGUCGGUGCCGUGAGGUGCGCUGCGCUUAAAGCUCAUCCUACUCUGUGUCAAGAAAGAAAAACAAAUGAUAAAGAUGAUAUUGUUUCGUAAAUUCAGGGUGCUGAUACUCAUGGUGUUUUUGGUAGCGUGCACCAUGCACAUCAUGAUAGACUUGUUACCCAAACUAGAGAAGCGAGCGGCGGGAGCGGACGGCGGGGAAGGCGGCUGUCAGUGCGCUCACCACCCGAGCGGCGAGUCGCAGGGCUGGGGGAAGCAGCGCGCCAGGUCGGCGGCUGAAGCGGGCUGGCCUAACAAGCACACGCUGAGAAUCCUGCAGGAUUUCAGCAACGAGCCGAGCUCCAACCUCACGUCCCACUCCCUGGAAAAGAUCACAGCAGCCGCGGAUAAAGCAGAGUCUUUCAGGCGGACGAGACCGUCGGCGGAGGACAACAAGCCCCUCAUCGGAGACGCGAGCGGGGGUCGCGCAGUCCCUGCCCACGGUGCCUCCCGUCUGUCUGCUCUGUUUGAGCAUCCUUUGUACAAGGUUGACCUUCCUCCCCUCACGGACGAUGACACUUUGUUUAACGUCAACACCGACAUCAGGUUUUAUCCCAGAGCCCAGGGGAACCAAGGAUGGCACAAUGAGGAAGGGAAUGAAGAGGAGGAGGAGUUCUCGCCAACUGGAGAGGUGACUGCAGAGUCUUACCCCAACUGGUUACGUUUCCAUAUUGGCAUCAGCCGCUACGAGCUGUACUCCAGACACAGUCCUGUGCUGGAUGCUCUGUUGAAGGACCUGGUCACACAGAGGAUCACCAGCGUGGCCAUGAAAUCAGGAGGCACCCAGCUGAAGUUGAUUAUGACUUUCCAGAACUAUGGACAAGCACUGUUUAAGCCGAUGAAGCAGACCCGGGAGCAGGAAACCCCACCAGACUUCUUCUACUUCUCUGACUUUGAGAGGCACAAUGCUGAAAUUGCCGCCUUUCACUUGGACAGAAUUCUUGACUUCCGGAGAGUGCCCCCGGUGGCAGGACGACUUGUCAACAUGACGAGGGAAAUCAGAGACGUGACUCGUGAUAAGAAGCUGUGGAGGACCUUCUUCAUCUCACCAGCCAAUAACGUCUGCUUCUACGGUGAGUGCUCGUACUACUGCUCCACAGAGCACGCUCUGUGCGGUAAACCCGACCAGAUUGAGGGCUCACUAGCAGCCUUCCUGCCAGACCUGAACCUGGCAAAACGCAAGACCUGGAGAAACCCCUGGAGACGUUCCUACCACAAACGCAAGAAAGCUGAGUGGGAGGUGGAUCCAGAUUACUGUGACGAGGUUAAGCAGACUCCUCCGUAUGAUCGAGGCACUCGACUGCUGGACAUCAUGGAUAUGACGAUCUUUGACUUCUUGAUGGGCAACAUGGAUCGACAUCAUUAUGAAACUUUUGAGAAGUUUGGAAAUGACACCUUCAUCAUUCACUUGGACAACGGGCGAGGGUUUGGAAAACACUCCCAUGAUGAGCUGUCCAUCCUGGUGCCUCUCAGCCAGUGCUGCAGGGUGAGGAAAUCCACUUACCUGCGUCUCCAGCUGUUGGCCAAAGAGGACUACCAGCUGAGCUCGCUGAUGGAGGAGUCUCUGCUCCGUGACAAACUGUCCCCCAUCCUCAUCCAGCCUCACCUCCAGGCCAUGGACCGCAGGCUUCGGCUGGUGCUGCAGGUCCUGAUAGGCUGCAUAGAGAAAGAAGGCUACAUUAAUGUCGUGGAGGAAGAUAUGGCUGGGGACAUGGCCACCCACAGGAGCCCAGGCCACAGGUAGUGAGGGCAAGGGGUGACAGAAAAACCACCAGUGACACAUGGAAAAUGGGCCACGUCUGUGGCUGCUCAAGCAAUGGGACUGCACCAGAAGUCUCACUUUACUGAUAUCGAGCUGAAUUCAGUGAAUUCCAAGACUUGCCAUCAUUGCCUCUAUGGAACCUGCUUUUGAGUGUGUCUGUAAAGAAGAAACUGAGCACAGUUGCCAUGAAAGACUCCCACAGAGGCUUUGUAUUUGUUAGCUACAGAUGUAUUUUGGUUGUCAGAUGUUCUACCAGACAUAAAGGAACCGCUGCUGUGUUCUGACUUUGUCCUGUUUGUUUUGUAUAUGGAGGAUUUGUUUCAUGUGUUUUAUUAUAUUAGUACAUAACCAAAUGAGAACCUACACUGACUGGGCAGCAUAUGGUCAGACAAUAAGCUUUAUGAGUUAUAACGACGGAUGAAAAAGGUUAAAUAGCGUGUGGACGUUUUCAAGAUAUUUUGUUUUCGCAUUCGGUUUUCACCUUUUGCAAUCAGCCAUAUCAGCAGAGAAAAUGAAUUCAAGCCUGGCACGUACCACCCACAGCCAGGAAAAUAAAAGUUUCCGAGUAGUGUGUUCUCUUUAUCUUUAUAAGCUUUUUGUCUCGGCACAGACUUUCAACAGACUAGACUGAAAAUGUUAUCACGAACAUAGAUCUGAGUGCAAGUAUAUUUAAAGCUGUGGUUCAGCCUUCUCUUUGCCUUAUUCUGAUUUGAUAUCUCUCUCUUGUUUUUACUUUCUCAUCUCCCCUGCAAGUCUGUCUUGCAAUACAACUUCGCAACACUAAAAUGGUAUUUACCAAACCAAAAAUAUUCACAGAUCAGUGUGCUGGUUCGUGUUCAUUAAAUGGCAUGACAGUUCACUCACUAAAGCAUUUAGUCCCAUCUGCGCUAUGAUUUCACAGUUUACGCAAUGCAAAAUGUUUGUAUGUUGAUUCAUUUUUAUGAGAUUUCAUGUCCAAAUAACUAUUUAUUGGUGUGUUACAAAGAAUAACAGUUGGUUUAACAAAUUCUGGGUUUUAUAUGUUGGGAAACAUUUAUCGUAGGGUUACGUUUGGAUAGUAUUUAAAUUGACAUUCCUUUGGGUACUAUUUUUAUGUUGAAAUUAUAGAAAACAAGAAAGCUUUUUGGACGUUUUACGUUGUUAACGUGGUGCCAUGCGAUUUUCAAUUUCCUCCCAAGAGUCCUGUGCACUGGCUGACCCAGUACUUGUGCAAUGACAAAUAAUACACUACUUGAAUGUUUUUGGGUUGGCAGUAUGGACAGGAUUCAUCAAACUACAAACAAGCCUGAGCGGCUGGACUCUGAGAAAUGCUUUGGGGUGAUAAAGGGGUUAAAAUGCCUCGUCCCACUGCAGGGAUAACCUCGGGCACUGCUCUUUGAUUUUCAUAUUCUCAGUGUAAAUACCUAUAAAUACUUGGAAGACCUAACAAGCUUCACCGCACAGUGAUUUGCUUCUGUUUUCUGCUGUUGCAUCGUUACUGUGAAGAUCUGUUUGCUAAACGAUUAAAGUGUGCAAUAAAAACGAAAGUGAGCACAAA